UAUAAAGUCGCCGUUGCUUGGUUUGUUUGUGUUUGUGUCUGAGCCUCUUGAAAUAUGCCAUGUGAUCUUGCUCUUGCUUCACACCCAUCUCUUUGAUUGACUUCCGACGAAAGCCACCGGGGCCCCGCAUCAACGCGCUUUCCAAUCACCGGAAUCUGACGUCUAGCCGUCGCUACGGCUGAGAAUUACCAUGAGCAACGUGCACAACAGCGUGGAUACCGUAAAUGCUGCUGCCACCGCAAUUGUUACCGCUGAAAGCAGAGUUCAGCCAUCAACGGUUCAGAAAAGAAGAUGGGGUAGCUGUUGGAGCAUCUACUGGUGUUUUGGUUCUUACAAACACAGCAAACGAAUAGGUCAUGCCGUUAUUGUUUCUGAACCAGCUGCACCUGGGGCCGGGGUUGCGGCCCCUGUUUCUGAAAGUUGGAGCCGCCCUUCCACCCUUGUAAUGCCCUUCAUAGCCCCUCCAUCUUCUCCUGCUUCCUUUCUGCAAUCGGACCCUUCCUCUGCCACUCAAUCACCAGCUGGUGUACUGUCCCUUGCGUCCCUUUCAGUUCAUGCUCAGUCUACUGGUGGAACUGCACCGAUGUUUUCAAUUGGCCCCUAUGCUCAUGAGACUCAGUUAGUAUCACCACCUGUCUUUUCUACCUUCACUACUGAACCAUCAACUGCUUGUUUCACUCCACCUCCUGAAUCGGUACAAAUGACAACACCUUCUUCACCAGAAGUUCCCUUUGCCCAGCUUUUAUCAUCAUCACUUGCACGGAAUCGGAGAAACAGUGGCACCAACCUGAAAUACAACUUAUCCCAGUAUGAAUUCCAACCUUAUCAGUAUCCAGGAAGCCCCGGUGGUCAUCUUAAGUCACCUGGCUCAGCAAUGUCAACUUCUGGAACCUCAUCGCCCUUCCCUGAUAAACGGCCUAUUAUGGAAUUCAGGGUGGGCGAAGCGCCCACAUAUCUGGGGUAUGAACACUUUCCAAAUUAUAAGUGGGAUUCGAGAGUUGGUUCUGGAUCAUUAACUCCAAAUGGUUGGGGCUCAAGGCUAGGCUCUGGAGCUUUGACACCUAAUGGUGGGGAACCUUCAUCCCGAGAUGGCCACCUUCUGGAGAACCAAAUCUAUGAAGUGGCAUCACUUGCCAACUCUGACCGUAAAUCUCAAAAUGAUGAUCUUGUAGUUGAUCAUAGAGUCUCUUUUGAACUAUUCGGUGAAGACAUUCCUACUUGUAUCGUGAGGGAGCCAGCCCCGUCUCAUAGAAAUGCAUCAGCAGAUGUACAGGAGGCAACAGCAGAUGAAACAGAUAAGAAGGUUUCAGCAACCAAGAAUGCAGAUGGCUUCAGAGAGCAAUUGAAUAGGGAUACUGCAAAUGAAGUUCCGGGAGUGCCUUCAGAAGGGGAGGGAGAGGUGUUACAUCAGAAACAUCGUACAAUCUCACUAGGUUCGAGCAAAGAGUUCGACUUCAACAAUCCAAAAGGGGAAGUCUCGGAAAAAUCCACUGUGGAUUGUGAGUGGUGGAUCAGUGAGGAAGUUGCAAGGGAGGAAACAGGCCCUCGGAAUAGCUGGAGUUUCUUCCCGAUGCUACAAUCAGGGGCCAGCUGACACCAAGCAAUUGUAAAUCUCUGAAUGAAGGUGAGAAACUCGAAAACUUUAUGGUUAUACAAGCAGAAAACAUCGAUUUAGUUUCGUGUGUAGAUUUUGCAAGCUUGUUGGGUUAGCGUUGUAAAUGGAUUCCAGUACCUUGCAUCGAGAAGAAGGUAUCUAUAGAGACCUAAUUAUGCCUGGUAGAGUAAGAAUGAUAUCAAGAUUUUUCCUUGUAUUUCCAGAAUUUUAGGUGCAUACUAUGAAAAAUAUUUUAAUGUAUAAGUGUCAUGAUUGUUGACUUGUAUUAUGGAAACAAGCUGUAUGUGCUUGUUUCUUUUGACUUUGGACAGAACGGUCCUGCUUCAACAACCUAUCCCUUUAAUUAUCCAA